AUGGGCUCGAAUUUGCCGGAGACAUCUUCAAAGAAUCGAAAGAUCUUUGAAGGAGAAGAAAUCACUAACGAAGCACAAGAUGGAAUAAGCCAAUUACCUGAUGACAUUCUGUGUCACAUACUCUCCCUUCUUCCGACUAAAUUUGCAGCACAAACCGGGAUUUUAUCUAAACGAUGGAAGGAACUUUGGCUUUCAGUACCUGUUCUUGAAUUUCAGAUGCAUCUAUGGGCAAAUUAUGAGGGUAACAUGAAAGCUUUUGAUAGCUUUGCAAAGACUAAAAUUGAGAGCUUCACAAAUUUUCUGAAUCGACUUUUGGUUGUUUGUGACACUUCAGGCAUUAAAAAGUUCGGAUUGGUAUGUGAUCACCCGGUUGACCCUAGAUGCCUCGACAAUUGGUUGUCUGCUUUGCAUGAUGUUCAAGAACUUGAUCUUGAAAUAUGGGAGCUCGGGGAGUUCCAGUGGAGUCCCUUUGCAGAUAACUCGCUGGAAAUCUUGAAACUGGGUUGUGGUCUUUUGCUCAACUUCCCGUCUACUGUUUCUUUUCCACGUCUUAAGAUUCUUCAUCUUCAUUCAACCACAUAUGCGGGCAAUGCAUCAGUUGAAAAGUUACUUUCUUCUUGCCCUGUCCUUGAGGAUUUGCAGAUAUCCAGGACGUUACGAAUUUUGUGA